CUGAGGAGUGACCGGGCUAGGGGGAAACAGGAACACACAGAGAGAAUGACACUGCCGCAUGGAAGACGAUAUAUUCGGGCAUUUGUAAGUGGAUUCUUUGUGGCUGUACCGGUCACUGUGACAUUUCUUGACCGAGUUGCUUGCAUUGCAAGGGUGGAAGGAGUUUCAAUGCAGCCUUCGCUGAAUCCAGGCGGAAGAAAUGAAUCAGAUGUAGUGCUGUUGAACCGAUGGAGAAUACGAAAUUAUGAAGUUCAGCGCGGGGACAUCGUUUCUCUAGUCUCGCCAGACCAUCCGAGCCAGCUUAUUCUUAGACGAGUGGCUAGAAAGUCUCUCACCCUCUGUUGGAGAGGUCUAAGGAUCCUGGUGUUAGCACCCUCUAUAGACUGUGUGCAUAGACUGUGUGCAUAG